AUGGCCGCCGUCGGGUCUGGGGCGCGGGCCACGUUUGGAGCCUGGGACUAUGGGGUCUUCGCGCUCAUGCUCCUCGUGUCCACGGGCAUCGGGCUGUGGGUGGGAGUGGUGCGGAGCCGGCAGCGCAGCGCUGAAGACUUUUUCACAGGGGGUCGGCGCCUGGCCGCCCUGCCCGUUGGCCUCUCGCUGGCUGCCAGCUUCAUGUCGGCCAUACAGGUGCUGGGGGUACCCGCUGAGGCCUACCGCUACGGCCUCAAGUUCCUCUGGAUGUGCAUGGGCCAGUUGCUCAACUCCCUACUGACCGCCGCCUUCUACCUGCCAGUCUUCUACCGCCUGGACCUCACCAGCACCUACCAGUACCUGGAGCUGCGCUUCAGCCGAGCUGUGCGGUUCUUUGGGGCCCUGCAGUACCUGGUGGCCACAGUGCUAUACACUGGCAUCGUGAUCUAUGCCCCUGCACUCAUCCUGAACCAAGUGACUGGGCUGGACAUCUGGGCAUCGCUCCUGUCCACUGGAGCCAUCUGCACCUUCUACACCACUGUGGGCGGCAUGAAGGCUGUGAUCUGGACUGACGUGUUCCAGGUGGUGGUAAUGCUGGCUGGGUUCUGGGCUGUCCUGGCCCGUGGGACCGCGCUUGCAGGAGGGCCCAGGCAGGUGCUGGAGCUGGCCCGGAACCACUCCCGGAUCAACGUGCUGGACUUUGACCCAGACCCACGGAGUCGGUACACAUUCUGGACUCUUGUGGUGGGCGGCACACUGAUGUGGCUCUCAAUGUACGGCGUGAACCAGGCACAGGUGCAGCGCUAUGUGGCCUGCCGCACAGAGAAGCAGGCCAAACUGGCCCUACUCAUCAACCAGCUGGGCCUGUUCCUGAUCGUGUUCAGUGCCGCUGGCUGUGGCAUCGUCAUGUUCGCGGUCUAUAUGGACUGCGACCCCCUCCUCUCAGGGCGCAUUUCUGCCCCAGACCAGUAUAUGCCCCUGCUUGUGCUGGACAUCUUCGAGGACCUGCCUGGAGUCCCUGGGCUCUUUCUAGCCUGUGCCUACAGUGGCACCCUCAGCACGGCAUCCACCAGCAUCAAUGCCAUGGCUGCGGUCACUGUGGAGGACAUCAUCAAACCGAGGCUGCCCAGCCUGGCACCCCGGAGACUCAUGGUCAUCUCCAAGGGGCUCUCACUCAUAUAUGGCUCGGCCUGUCUGGCCAUUGCAGCUCUGUCCUCACUGGUCGGGGAUGGAGUCCUCCAGGGCUCCUUCACUGUCAUGGGCGUCCUCAGCGGCCCCCUCCUCGGAGCCUUCACUCUGGGCAUGUUCCUCCCGGCCUGCAACACACCUGGCGUCCUCUCAGGGCUGUUGGCUGGCUUGACCUUGUCACUGUGGGUGGCCGUGGGCACCACUCUGUACCCACCCACAGCGAAGUCCAUGGGGGUCCUGCCAUCCUCAGCUGCCGGCUGUGCGGGGCCCUCAGCCAACGCCUCUGCCUCUGGCCUCCUGGGCCCGCUCCUCGCCGCCAGUGCCUCCAGUGGGGCCCCCAGAAUGGACCCUGGUCGACCCGCCUUGGCUGACAGCUUCUACGCUAUUUCCUAUCUUUAUUAUGGUGCCCUGGGCACACUGAGCACCGUACUGUGUGGAGCCCUCGUGAGCUACCUGACAGGCCCGACCAAGCACAGUGCCCUGAGUCCUGGUCUGCUGUGGUGGGACCUCACAUGGCAGACAGCAUCAGCAGCUCCCAAGGAGGAAGUGGCCACCCUGGAUGACAACUUGGUGAAGGGGGCUGAGGACCGCCCCAGAACCAAGAGACCUCCUGACUUCCUGUCCACCAAUGAGGAUCAUCUGUUCUUCCUGGGGCAGGAGGAGGUGAAUGGAACCAGUUCUGGCUUCAGGACCCCUGGCAGUGGACAUGAGGGUGGUCAUGACCUUCGGGAGACGGACCUCUGAGCCAGCUUGGGACUGACUGCCAGGAAUGGAACCUCAGGGGUAAAUGUUGCACGGCCUCUGACCUUGGGAGCUGGAAAGGAGAAGGAAGGAGAAAUAAUGUUUCAGCUUUCCCCCUGUGCCUGGACACUUUCCCCAUCUCAUCUGUUAAGGACUGUGAACCCACUCUGCAGAGGAAG